GUCUGUAAGCCCUGUAGGAUAAAAUCCAGCCUCUGCUCUCUGCUCUCCCUCUUUCUCUCUGUCCCUCUCACACAUACAAACACAAGUGUUGCUCUGGCAAAGCUCAGACCUACACAAAAAACACACAAACUCACCAUUCCUUUUCCACUUUUCUGGUGCUGUGGAACUUAACACUUUGACUUCAUGGAGGAUUACCACAAACCUGACCAGCAGACAGUGCAGGCGCUGAGGAACAUCGCCAACCGCCUCCGAAUCAACUCCAUCAAGGCAACGACUGCAGCUGGAAGUGGCCAUCCCACAUCAUGCUGCAGCGUAGCGGAGAUCAUGUCUGUCCUUUUCUUCCAUACCAUGAAGUACCGCCCCGAAGAUCCGAGAAAUUUCAACAACGACCGCUUCAUCCUUUCCAAGGGUCACGCUGCUCCUGCCUUGUACUCCAUGUGGGUUGAAACUGGUUUCCUAAAGGAGAGUGAUCUGCUCAGUUUGUGCCAGGUUGACUCGACCCUGGAGGGACACCCAACCCCGAGGCAACAAUUUGUCGAUGUAGCCACUGGAUCCCUGGGGCAGGGUCUUGGUGUGGCCUGUGGAAUGGCUUACACUGGGAAAUACUUUGAUAAGUCCAGUUACCGUGUGUACUGCCUGCUGGGGGAUGGUGAGAUGUCGGAGGGCUCUGUCUGGGAAGCCAUGUCGUUUGCCUCCUACUAUCAGCUUGACAACUUGGUGGCCAUCAUGGAUGUCAACCGCUUGGGCCAAAGUGACCCUGCACCCCUGCAGCAUCAUGUAGAGAAAUACCAGAAGCGCUGUGAGGCUUUCGGCUGGCACGCCAUUAUUGUGGAUGGUCACAGUGUUGAAGAGCUUUGCAAGGCUUUGAGCCAACCACGUCACCAACCCACUGCAAUCAUUGCUAAAACCAUCAAAGGCAAAGGGAUUCCAGCUGCAGAGGAUAAGCUGGGCUGGCAUGCCAAAGCUUUGCCUAAAGACAUGGCUGAGAUGGUUAUGAAGGAUCUGCAGAGUCGGAUUAUGAACACCAGCAAGCACCUUUACCCCCCGGCUCCCAUAGAGGACUCCCCUCCUGUUAGCCUGAGGAACAUCCGCAUGCCAAGUGCACCGAACUACAAGCCUGGAGAAAAAAUUGCCACUCGCAAGGCAUAUGGAAUGGCACUGGCCAAGUUGGGUCGCUACAACGAACGUGUUGUGGUCCUUGAUGGAGACACCAAUAACCUCACCUGCUCUGAGAUCUUCAAGAAUGAACAUCCAAACCGCUUUGUUGAGUGCUACAUUGCUCAACAGAACAUGGUCAGUGUUGCCAUGGGAUGCGCUGCCCGCGAGAGGAACGUUGUAUUUGCCAGCACCCUUGCCUCCUUUUUUACGCGUGCCUAUGAUCAAAUUCGCAUGGCAGUGAUUUCAGAAAGCAACAUCAACUUGUGUGGCUCCCACUGUGGUCUGUCUACUGGAGAGGAAGGCCCCUCUCUGAUGGCUCUGGAGGACAUGGCUAUGUUCAGGGCCCUGCCUACUGCUACAAUCUUCUACCCCAGUGAUGGUGUCACCACAGAAAAGGCUGUGGAACUGGCUGCAACCACAAAGGGCGUUUGCUACAUUCGAACCAGCCGCCAAGACAAUGCCAUCAUCUACAAUAGCAAUGAGGAUUUUCAUGUUGGACAGGCAAAGGUGGUGUUCCAAGGCAAAGAGGAUCAAGUGACUGUGGUUGCAGCUGGAGUGAUUGUGCAUGAAGCCCUUGCAGCUGCUGAGCAUCUCAAGAAAGAGAGGAUCUCUGUAAGAGUGAUUGAUCCCUUCACAAUCAAACCACUGGACAUUAAAACCAUCAUCGACCAUGCACGCGUCACCAGGGGAAGGAUCCUCACCGUCGAAGACCACUACUACGAAGGUGGUCUGGGGGAGGCAGUAUCCUCAGCAAUGGUCAACGAGUCUGGGUUUACUCUGCACCGCUUGGCCGUGUCCCACGUUCCCAGAAGUGGCAAACCUCAUGAGCUCCUGAAGAUCUAUGGGAUAGACCGUGAUGCCAUCGCACAGGCCAUCCGAAAGAUGCUCAGCAGCUCUGCUAAUGCCAAGUAAUUUCCUCUGUGCCCCACCCACCUUUCUGACUAAUCCCCUCCAGAUGGCGAUAGACAGUCAUGUAUGUUGUGGAAGCACAGAACCCAUUUUUAUCAUUAAACCACUUAAAAAAUGUACUGAAGUGUUGUGAUUUUGUGCAGUUCACCUUUAAGUAGACGUCUGCUUUAACUUUCCUUUUGUGCGUUCAUCCUAACACGCAGAGAAAAGUAACCUCUGCACACACAUCUUCACUUUUAAUCUCUACCUUCUUAUGGACCAAUCCGGAGAGAGGAUUGGUUCCAGUUGUUGCCAUUGGUUAUUUUGCCUCUGAUGGAUUAUCACUGUGUAAAACAAAUUGUUGUUCUAUUUUUAACACACUACUAGAGAUGCACCAAUCUGGGAUUUGUUGUUUUUGUAAAGCUUUGACCGACCAAAACCAAUUUUAGUUCCUUUCUGUUGAAGAAAUAUCAGCAGGUUUCUUGUCAUUAGUUAUGAAGAGCAACAUCUCAGACAGAAAUGUCUCUGUAAAGCAGUGUUUUUAAUUUUACAGACAAAAUGACGGGGAAUUUAGAUUUUAAGUUGUCUCUCAUCUAAUGUUAGCAAUUAGCAUGAUUAGCAUUAGCAAUUGUAAACACCCAUCUCUGCUUGUAUUCCCAAGUGUAGAUUCUUACCUGAAUUCUGAGAUUUUCAAAAGGCUGUCAAUAUUUCUCAGUUCCUCCUUUUCCAUGACAGAUAGAGGUUAAAACUUUAAAAAGCUAACGUUGUCUACUUCUGCUGUAAUACAUCCAGAUUUCCGAGAUAUCUUAAAGUUUGUCAAUCUGCCCCUUUCUUAAUUCAGUUGCCAAGUCCCCAAAGCUGGACCGAGUUGAAAUAUGCAGAUGACAAUAUUUCAUUCACGAGAAGCUUGGGUAAAAACGAAUGAAAUGACAAGAAGCCAGCGAAGUCUAGUUGUCUUUUGUAAGCAGCAACAAUGAGUGCAAGGCAUUUAUCACUGAAAAAAAAAUCCAUUGAAAAGUUUUUUUUUUUUUAACCUUGGGGGUGUCAUUUUGCUUAAUUUCAACAACCCUAACUGAAACAGAAAAUAACUAGUCUUCCCUCAGUAACAGCCUCCGCACCAAAAACUGCUGUUGAAAGAGCAAAUUGGUAGCACUCAGGUAUGGUAUGUUUGUUGAUCCUAAGCAAAUUAAACUUUGUUCAUUCAGCUAGAAGGUCACAGGUCAGGGCCAACCAAGCUGAAUUUUGAUCACCAGAUUAUGUCUCGGUGCAUCUCAGUUACACUUUCAUGUGGUUUUCAGUGCUCUUUUAUUUACUUUGUUUCACAAGACAUAGUUGUGGGUUUCUCUAAUGUUUUAAUACUGGGUGAGGCCCAGUUUAAUGUGUUUAUUGUGUCAACGGUGUCAGAAAGAUGGCAUGUGGGUUCUUGUUUGUAGAAGGUAGUGGGGACAAAAAAAAAG